CCUCAAUCAUUUUUCCCUAAAUUCUACUUGCUUUUUAGUUUUUACGAGUAGUUUGUAUACUUUGAAGUUUGAAAUCGUGAGUUCAUAUCAUACAUCAGGAGAAAAAUUCCAAAAAAAAAACUUGGCUGAGAAAACACAAAUCGUCUCUCUCCGCCUCGCUGAGAAAACUUGGAUGAGAUUCAAUACAAUUUGUUUGCUUACGAGCUUCAACUGCAGAUAAACCCUAAAGCAAGGAUUAGAAACCUAAAGAGCGAGAAACCCACGGUUAAAUGUUCAUUUGCAAGGUUUGAGCAUCCAAAUUUACCUCCCAGUUUUUUUCUUCUGAUUGAAUGUCGCCACCUUUCUCUCAACUUCUCAGCUUAGUACCAUAUCGUGAAUCCUAGUUGCUUGAACUAUAUUCAUGAAUUGGUAUUGCCUAUUAAGAAUGCAGGGGCUGUUAUUUAUUGGUAAUGUAGUGAGGUUAAUGCAAUACUAAGGGGGCAUUGUGUAAACUAUCUAACAUUUUGGGGAGGAGGCAGAAUUUGUUCCUGAAGAGAGAUAAUACACUGAAAUGUAUGGGAGAACUGGUCUUGAUCGAUUUAAGAAAGCUCAAACCUUAGAACCCUUCUCAGUAGGUACAAGUUCAUCAGCUUCUAAGACAAAUACACAUGCAGCUACAAAACCAGCUGUUCAAUCUCUAGCAGCGUAUUCUCAAUCCCAAAUAUCUCACCAGCAACCUCAACACUCAAAUCAACAAAAAACAGAAGAGACUAAUCUCUUACUACCUGUAGUGCCAACUCAGCACGUGACUCAAGUUGGAGGAGGCCAAUCGACAUGGAAGCCACCUGAUUGGGCCAUUGAGCCCCGACCUGGGGUUUAUUAUCUUGAAGUCAUCAAGGAUGGUGAAGUGCUCGAUCAAAUAAAUCUUGAUAAGCGUAGACAUAUAUUUGGGCGCCAGUUUCAUACAUGUGAUAUAGUUCUUGAUCAUCAGUCUGUCUCGCGGCAGCAUGCUGCUGUUGUUCCACACAAAAAUGGAAGCAUAUAUGUGAUUGAUUUGGGAUCUGCACAUGGUACAUUUGUUGCAAAUGAGAGACUGACGAAGGACUCACCUGUAGAACUUGAGGCUGGACAGUCUCUGAAGUUUGCUGCUUCAACAAGGACAUAUAUCCUGAGAAAGAACAACUCUGCGCUCUUUCCUCCUCCUCCACAACUUGACGAAAUCAAUCUCCCUCCACCCCCAGAUGCCACAGAUGAGGAAGCAGUUUUGGCUUAUAACACUUUUCUAAACCGUUACGGGCUUACAAAACCGGGCAUAGAAUCUAAAUUUUCAAAUUCAAGUAGGGGCAGAGAUGACAAUUCACUCCCUGAAAGAGCUGCUAAGAGAUUAAAGAAAACUAGAGUGGCGUUCCGAGACCAAGUUGGAGGAGAGCUGGUUGAGAUCGUUGGGGUCUCGGAUGGGUUGGAUGUGGAAACAGAACCUGGCCCAGUUGGGGUCAAAGAAGGAAGUCUUGUUGGAAAAUAUGAAUCCCUUGUGCAAGUUACUGUUGUGCCCAAAGGGAAGGAGCAGUUUCCUGCCCCGAAGGAUGUCACUGUUUCGCAAACAGGUGUCACUGAGAAACUUAAACAAGUGUUGAACAAGGUUAAGAAUCCGCAGAAAGGGGGAAUAUAUGAUGAUAUUUAUGGAGAAUCUAUUUCGGGUAAAGUUGGUUCUUCCUGGGCUUAUUCAGCUGAUAUUGCUCCACAAGGAGAAUCACAUGCUUCUCUGUCUGUAAGUAGCAAGUCUAGCAGCAAACAUGAUGAUGAUACAGAUGAUUUGUUCGGCUAAGCAUAUGCAUUUUACUCAAUACAUCUUUAGAAUUGAUGCACUGAAAAUGAAACUUUUGUCGUACUUGUCCAUUUUAGUCUUUACCAAUGAUGAUUCUCACUUCAACCGUCUCGAUUGGCUGUUGAGGAAACAGGAAACGGUGCCCCAUAACUCCGAUUAAGUAUGACGUAGAGGUGUUAUGUUUCCUUCUAGCUGGUAUAUGACUAUGUCAUCUGUUUUGUUUUGGCAAUUGUUCUUGGGGGUUUCGAAGAAAAGGGAACUUCUAACGUGUAUCAAUUUGAUGAGUCGAUUCCAUCGCAUAAACAUUUGAAAUGCCAAAUACGCCCUUCCGUCUCCGUGAUCCGUCUCCCUAAUUUUGGCUCGUUUGAUCUUUUUCGUCCAUCCAAUUAAGUUUGUCUCAUACAUAUUUGGUAAUAGGGAAAAUUAUUAUUUGC